ACACACAGGCACACACAGAACUUGUACAAAGAAACAUUUCCCCGACACCCGUAACAGCAGAGAUAGACGUACUCCCGCCUUUCGCCAUGGAAUUUCCCAAUUUUUUGUGAGGCUGAGCAAUGGGAGGGGAUGGGCCAAUACAAAAACAAACUCAAGCCCGAAAACUGUCAGUCUAAAGAGUAAUGAGUUAGAAAACAAGACACAUGGGCUUGAGGGGCAGACAGUUGAUUUGCUGACAUUUUCUUUACCAGAAGUACCCUGAAGAGCUGUUAUUUUGAAGACUAUAAUUUUGUUACAUCUGCCUUGAGCCUGGACACAUUACACAUUUUCGACAAAAAAGCUGGUGGAGUGUUUUGUUCUGUCGAAACCACCGGAGACACCAUCACUGUUUGUGUGAGACUGUGGCCAUGUCGGCUGACAGACUGAGCAGCGUGUCAAAGGAAGUGAAGCCAGAGAGCGUGUUGCUGCAUCCUCUGGGCACAGCAGCUGCCCCUGAGCAGGAGCUGCUGUGUAUCUUCGGGACGGGGGACUUGGGGCGCUCUCUGGGCCAGCGUCUGCUCCAGUCUGGCUACAGGGUGGUGUACGGCAGCCGCAGACCACACAGCUGUGGUCCCUUGCCUCUGGGAGCUCAGGCGACGAGCCACGAGGCAGCGGCCCAGUCAGCUGGUGUGGUCUUUAUUUGUAUUCACAGAGGACACUAUGACUUCCUGGAGACACUUGCACCUCAACUCGAGGGGAAGGUGCUGGUGGACGUCAGCAAUAACCUCAAGAAGAAUAUAUACCCAGAGGCCAAUGCUGAGUAUCUGCAGAGGCUGAUCCCUGGAGCUCAUGUGGUGAAGGCUUUUAACACCUUGUCUGCCUGGGGCUUGCAGAAUGGACCCUCAGAUGCCAAUAGACAGGUGUUCCUGUGUGGGAACAGUGCAGAAGCAAAGCAGGCAGUAGCAGAGAUGUCCACCAAGCUGGGCCUCACUGUUCUGGAUAAAGGGUCUUUGUCAGCAGCCAGAGAGCUGGAGGACUUCCCCCUGCAGCUUUUCCCAGAGUGGAGGCUGCCGCUACGCGUGGCCGUCGGCCUCACCGCCUUCUUCUUCUUCUAUCUGCUGAUUCGAGAUAUCAUCUACGCGUAUGUUGUACAGGGGAAAGACGUCUCCUUUAGAAUCAUGGUGUCCCUGGCCAACAAGGUGUUUCCCAUUGUGUCUCUCAUCAUGUUGUGUCUGUGCUACCUGCCUGGUGUCAUAGCUGCCUUCCUUCAGCUCUACAGAGGAACCAAGUACAGGCGUUUUCCUGACUGGUUGGAUCGCUGGAUGCUGUGCAGGAAACAGCUGGGACUGAUAGCACUUGGCUUUGCUUUUCUACAUGUGCUUUACACUCUCGUCAUCCCCAUAAGAUAUUAUGUGAGAUUCAGGAUUGCUGAACAUACCAUCUCACAGAUCAAGGAGAAUACAACGUCAGUGUUUGACACCACCACGGCCUGGCGUGCUGACUCUUACUACUCUAUGGGGAUUCUGGGAUUUGGCCUUUUUAUCCUGUUGGGAAUAACCUCUCUCCCCUCCGUCACCAAUGCUCUCAGCUGGAGAGAGUUCAGCUUCAUACAGUCCAAGCUGGGAUACCUGACAGUGUUCUUCUGCACCUUUCACACCUACCUCUACGGUUGGAGCCGGUUCCUGAAUCCCUCUUCCUACAAAUGGUACACUCCUCAAGCCUACUUGCUAAGUCUGGUGGUGCCUUCUUUGUUGAUUGUUCUCAAGCUGCUGCUCCUCCUGCCCUGCGUGGACCGCAGCCUCAUCCGCAUUCGACAGGGCUGGGAGAGAAAUGACCCAGAGGACAGCAGUGCGAAAGCACUGCUACCGUAGACUUCCGGUUCAUUGUUUUGGAUGUCAUAGAAUUCAGACUUUCAGCCUCUCAUUGUGUAAUCAUCUUGUAAUUGUAAUGUAACAACCAUAAAACAUCUUACAAUCCAUAUUACAGUUAAUAAUACAGUGAUCAUACGCAUAUGUUUCCUUAAUACAUAUUCUUCAGAAUAUUCCUCAUAAUAUCCCUUAUUAAUUAUCUUAUCUUUCUUUAUGUAUUAAUUCAAAACGUAGACUCAUUUACAUAUUACGUAUAUAAAAUCCACUACAACUCAACACAGGCCACUUAGUGGCAUUUCCCUAAACAUCAGCAGCAACGGUUUUUAUACCUCAGAGUUUCUCUUCAAACUUCCUCUACACAGUAUAAAGCGGCUUAUGUUGGUUGAAUUUUCUUUGUAUCUUUUUUUUAUUUUUGGAUAUUUCUUGUUAAUGUAAUGUUAAUGAUGUAUGUCAAAUUGAACAACUGUUCAAUAAACUUAAGCGUGACUGAAUAUAACUGUCAUGCCACCCUUUUCUCCCCUCCCA